ACUGUGGAACUUUUUUCAGUUCAUAAUUGCACUUUCAAUUGAUCACAACAUGGAAAUUUUACUAGGAAUUUUCCUCAUAAUUGGAAUUGGAAUAUGUAGUGGUAACGAUACAAGUUUAACGAAAACAUAUAAUCAACCGGAAGAUCAAUAUGUGAACCAAAAAGUUCACGAAACUGUGGAGAAAUAUAACAAUCAACAUGAAGAAGAACCAGAAAAUCAUGAAAAUGAUUUGUCGUAUGAUUUUCCCCAACAACACAAUCAAGAUCAAUUCCAUGGCGGUGAUAACUAUUAUCUUACGGAAACCUAUCCCCCAAGUGGAAAUCAAUAUCCUGGACAUGGUCAAUAUCCGGGAUUCGAUCAACAUCUUGAUUAUAAUCAACAAUUUGGAUAUGAUCAACAUCCUGGAAAUGAUCAACAUCUUGGAUUUAAUCAACCAUUUGGAUACAAUCAAUAUCCUGGGCAUGAUCAACAUCCUGGAUUUGAUAAUUUUCCUCAUCAAAUUCAUGACAAUCACGGCAAUCAUAUGCCUGAUUAUUCUCCUCACGUGCCUUCAUCACUCCCUUACAACUUCAAUCAGAAAAUGGACCACAAUCAAGAGUCGAAAACCGAUGAUACAACAUUUGACACAAAUGAAGACGAAGAAGAAGAGUAUCAUCAACCAGACUUGUACUAUUAUCAAAAUCCUAUCAGCCCCCCAAUUAUACCGCAAAUGGACUUCGGAUUAAUGGGGCAACCAGGUUUUAAAGGAAAUCUGCCACUGGGCGUUGGAAGACCAGUACCACCACAGACCCAGCCCUACUAUUAAACAUUUCCAAUGUGCAAUAGUACAAUAAACGUUAUUAAAAUAUCAACAA